CAAAAGUUGGGAUUUCUCCCUCCAUCCCUCCAUUUCUAUUUUCUAACCCUAGCUUCCUUCUUCUAUCUUCCAAACUCUCUGAGCUUCUGUAAUCUCUAAUUGGUUUUAAUGGCCGAAGCUUCCGACGAUUCCGCCGACAUCGAGAAGCUCUACGAGUUCAACGAGCGGCUCAGUUCGGCCAAGGACAAGUCCGAAUACGGGAAGGACUACGAGAGUAUAAUUGUGGCGGCAAAUGCAAGUGUAAAAGCUAAGCAACUGGCUGCGCAGCUCAUCCCCAAGUUCUUCAAGUACUUCCCUCAGCUCGCUGAACAAGCUUUUGAGUCUCACUGGUAUUUAUGUGAAGAUGAAGAGCUUGCGGUCCGUAUACAAGCAAUCCGUGGACUUCCUUUUCUGUGCAAGGAUACACCAGAAUAUGUGCCUAAAGUUGUUGACAUUCUUGCUCAAUUCCUUGGAGCAGGUGAAAACGUGGAGCGCGAUGCUGUACAGAAGGCUCUUAUGACAUUGUUAAGGCAGGAUGUGAAGACCUGUUUAACUGCUUUGUUCAAGCAUAUUGGUAACACCGAGGAUCGAAGUGCAGAGGAAUUAAGUACCUGGGAGAGCAUUCGUGAAAAGGUUAUACACUUUAUUAGGGAUAAGGUGUUUCCUCUUAAGGUAGAGCUAUUAAAGCCACGGGAUGAGAUGGAAAGGCAUAUAACUAACUUGAUUAAACUGAAUUUGCAAGAUGUAACUGCAGAAGAGUUUAACAUGUUCUUGAACUUCUUGAAAAGCUUGACUUUGUUUGGGCAAAAUGCUACUGCGGAGUGUGUACAGGAGCUGGUUGAAAUUAUUGAAGGUCAGGCUGAUCUUGAUGCUCAAUUUGAAGUUUCUGAUGCGGAUCAUAUUAUGCGGUUCAUAUCUUGCCUCUGUAUGGCCAUUCCCUUUUUCAAGAGGGGAGCAUCAAGCAGCAAGUUUCUUAACUAUCUGAACAAGCAAAUUUUUCCUGUUUUUGACAAGCUUUCAGAAGAGCGAAAGUUGGACUUGCUGAAGGAUGUAGCAGAUUGUUCCCCUUAUGCAAGCCCACAAGAUUCUCGUCAGCUUCUUCCAUCCAUUGUUGAGCUUCUAAAGAAAUGCAUGGUUCGGAGAAAGAUUGAAGAAAUAAACUUUACAUAUAUUGAGUGCUUGUUGUAUGCAUUUCACCAUCUGGCUCAUAAGACUCCUAAUGCAACAAAUAGUCUUUGCGGCUAUAAGAUUGUAACUGGUCAACCAUCAGACCGGUUGGGGGAGGACUUCUCAGAGCAGUAUCGCGACUUUACUGAGAGAUUGAGCACUACUGAGGAUUUAGCAAGGGCAAUGAAUAAGAAAUUGACCCAAGGAAUGGCAGAGCAUAACAAAGCAAUGGCUGCUGCUAAAACAGAAGAAGAAAAGGAUGCUAUUAAAAGAAAGAAACAGGAAGCUACCUCCAGUCUGCGUGCAUGCAACAAUAUAUUAACAAUGUGCUCGCCACUGCAUAUAAAAACACCAAAAUUUAUUGGAGAUCAAAAACUUAAUUUGUCAUGGAGAGAAGUUUCUAAGCCUUCCGGUCCACCAGUUUCUACUGUUGCUGGUCAAAAACGGAGUGCUGCUGCUAAUGGAUCAAGCUCUAUUAUGGCCAAGAAGGGCCGAGGAGGUGGUAUGCAGAACCCAUUGCUUAGCAAGGCGUUUGAAGGUUUACAUGAUGGGGGGAGAGGUGGUGGAAGAGGAGGUAGAGGCUGGCACAGCUAUGGUAGAGGCCGAGGCAGAGGUCGAGGGAGUUUUCGCUAAAUCUCUAAAUUCAAUUUAAGGUGUGGUAGUUCAAUUGAUAGAAUUAAUAUUUUCUUGAUAUGUGUGCUAGAUAUUUUACAUGACAUUUGAGGAGCUUAGGCUAACUAAAUUAGCAAAUCACUGAUUAGAAAAAAGAAAAUUCAUUCAAUCUGUAAAACUUUAACAGCUUCCCUGCUCCCUCAUUCUAUUGUAUUCUGCAAUUAAAAUUAUGUACCUUCUAUGUAUUCUAUUGUUAGAGUGUGUCUCAAAAGCAGUACUCCUUAUUUAA